UAACUGAAUAACUUUAGGAUAAAGUACAAUAUGAAAAUGGGAAAAUGAUUUUAAAAUACUUACUUAUGAACAAUCCUUUCAACAUCUUAACUGUUGUUUACAUGGUUUUCAAGCCAGGAUGGUCAGUAGUUGGUUUUCCUGUUGAAAAUCAGGGAUUUCAGAUUGGAGUUUUACCUCACCCAGAAGUGGACUUUAACUAAUGUUCAUUGUCAAUCAAUUUAUCAAUCGAUCCAGAGCAAGGAAAAGGUUGAAACCAACAAUAACCCAAUGGUAUUGAAAGGUAAAGAUUUAACAAACAUUUGGCUUCCAGAUGCCUUUUUUUAUAAUGCCAAACAAGUUGGACCCACAACAUUUGACGAUGGAUUCAAAAGCUUGAUUGUACAAUUUGACGGAUUGAAUAAAUGUUCAUUUACCUACUCUCUGAGAUUAUCUGCUUUGAUUCCUUGUCCAAUGAAUUUUCGCUGGUUUCCAGUUGAUAAGCAAGUCUGUCGUGUAUCAAUCAGAUCUGGCUCAUAUCCAGCUUAUCAAAUGGUUUACUCAUGGCUUCCUAAGGGUGUUAUUGUUGAAACUAAAGUUCCGCUUCUUCAGCAUUCUUUAAAAAUGAAUUAUUUCCAGAUGAAUGCAACUGUUCACGAUCAAGGUAAAAUGGCUUUAUUCACCUGGCUAAUUGUUGAUUUAACCUUUAUCCGAAUAAUAUCUUACCAUGUAAUUCAAAUUUAUCUUCCAACAAUCAUCUUGAUGAUCAUAAGUUAUUGUUCAUUGUGGAUGGGAAAUGAUAUUGUCGCCGGUCGAAUCACUCUUGGUGUUACAACCCAAUUAGCGUUAAUCACGCAAUUUUCUGGCUUAAAGUCUCGUCUACCUCAAGUUUCAUACAUAAAUGCCUUAGAUGUUUGGAUGGUAUCUUGUAUGCUUUUUGUCUUCUCAACAAUCAUCGUAACAACACUAAUCAUUGUUAUCAACCGCCAUACCAAAGAACUGGCUAAACAGAUGCAAAUCGAUCAAACAAAGUCUAAAAGGUUAAGCCGGGUUGAAAACAGUUUGCUGAACAGAGUCUCAUCAUAUGGCAACCAGUCAUGUAUAUCAAAUGGCACCAAAUUGGAUAUUAAUCACAAGGAUUCCAUUGACUACAAAAUUCAGUCAUUUGACCCUUCAUGUGAUUAUGUAGAUAGCAAAUUAACCAUCAAUGAUUAUUCAGAAAAAAUUGAUGUUAGUCUACGUUUCAUCUAUCCAUUGACUUUCCUACUCUUCAAUACUCUUUACUGGCUAACCAUUUUAACAUCCACAUGAACUUUAAUCUAUUUAAUUAUUUCUCGAUCUAAUAACUUUAAUUGUUCAUCUCCACCUUAACCCACCAUCUAUGAAUAGAUAAAUUUGUUUCAUGCUGAUUGCAAUAAAAAUAAGCCUAAUUAACUCAUUGAAA